AUCAACGAGCGUGUUGAUUGACAGUUGAGCUGCGAGAGAAACAGAGAGAGUGAAGAAUUAAGAGCGAGAAAAGAAAACAAUUGCUGCUCAUUUUCACAAAAAAACUUCACCAGUCAUUAUUUAACUCAAAACUUAAAAAGUAUUUCCUCAAAACAAAAUACUUUUAUUGUUUGUUCGAUAUUCGUUACAAAAAAAUCGUAGACGUUUUUCUUGCACAUAAAAAUUCAUUGCAAUUUAGAAAGCUUAAUUUGAUAAACUACAAAAGUAUUGUUUUUUUAGAGAAACUAGUUUCUUGAAUCCAAAUUAAAUCCUUGUUCUUAUUUACUUACUUAAAGUCAUUAUUUCCAUGGGAUCGAAUUGUCAUGUUUAGAGCAUAGUUUGGGUCUUAAAGUUUUAACUCAAAUCAAAAUAUAGCUACUUGAUGCAAUUGAAGGGUUUUUAUAAAAAACCCACAAUCGAUAUCAGUUUCGAUAGUCCUUUUAAAUCAGAGAACUGAACUCUUCACUCAAAUAUCCAGUCAGAGAAAUGAGUAUACCAUUAACAGCUGCUGCAACCCUGAGCCUGAGUGCUCUCAUUUUUAGCCUGUUCGGAUUCAGUGGCGUCACUUCAGAAGCCGAGUUUAUACUGGACACUAAAGAACUGCCUCCACGCUGGAACUUCCGGGCCUAUGGAGUUACAGGGAAAACUCGCAAUGGGUGGCAGUUUAACAAGGCGACAGCAACGAGAGGCCCGUUCUAUGAAGUUUGCGAUAGUUUGUUGGAAGGAGCUGACAACCUCUUGGAAUCGAGUUAUAUUGACGUAUCGCAACUCGAACAAAUAACUCUCAAAAUUCUGUUUUUGCAAAGCGAUUGCAAAGUGAAAAGUGCUACUAGUGAGUGCUCCAACAGCGUGCAAAUAAUGACCCGGUUUGUCGACAAAGAAGACACAAUGCCGAGGCCCUUGUCUGAGGUUAUUCGCGAUAACGAGUACCAAGACACGGGAAAAGUGCUCAACAUAGCAACCAAUGGAUCGAAGGAGUAUGGACCUGUUGAAAGAGAGUUUGUCAUUGACGUGCGUGGUCGAAAAGGGGUCUACAUUGCUUUUCGGGACAAAGGAUCAUGCACGAAGAUUAUAGUUCUGCAAUUGGUAACGUACGUCUGUCAAGCGAGUGUUCUCAAACUAGCUAAUUACCCCAAGACCUUCUAUGCUAAGGAAGACAUGAUUGUUUCUGCUCUGAGUUGCGUCGAACAUGCCAGUUCGAACUCCGGAAUGGACACGGCCAAUUGUAAGAUGGCUACUUGGGAGUCCAGCAUGCUCCCUCCCAAGUGUUCCUGCGACGCUGGAUUCGAACCUACCGAUCAAACGAGAAGUUGCUCAGCUUGUCCGAUUGGCAUGUAUAAGGCAGACCACGGCAACUAUGUCUGUGCGAAAUGCCCUCGGAACUCCCAUGCGACAAGGGAGGGCUCGGACUCUUGCAGAUGUGCUGAUGGAUACUACAGGGCCAUCAACGCUUCUGUUGAGACGAUGUGUCUUAGACCGCCCUUAGGACCUGGCAACCUUGAAGCGGAAGUGGUGAAUAAUGACGUCGUUCUCAAGUGGAGAGACUCCUCGUUCAAUCGCAUGGGAAUGCAAGAACAUGCCAUGUUCUUUGUUGUUCAAUGCGAUUUAUGCACUGGCGAAAGAUUCCGAACAGCCGAUUACAAAAAUCAGUUUGACGAGUAUGAGUAUACUCUUUUUGAUCUACGACCCAUGACUCAGCACCUGGCGAGGGUAUACGCGGAGAAUUCAAUCACUGAGGGCCAAAGGAACAUCGCGCAAUAUGCUGAGGUCACUUUCACAACCGGUCAAAAACCGGCGAUCAACAACUUGGAAGCUGAGACGGUGGAAGGGAGUGACAAACUGCUAUUAACUUGGAGACUAGACCCCUCUCCUGCUCCCCGUCAGUUGGGAUCUUCCCCCACCCACUCAUUCAAUAUCCACGUGUACAGAGAAGACAGACUACAGCUCAUAUACACAUGCAGAGAUACACAAUAUCAACUCUCAUUAGGUCAACCUGGCUCCUACUUCCUGAAAGUCUGUCUUGAGGACGACAGAAUCUGCAGUGCCAAACUUCCUCUUCACAUCGAAGAUACUGUUGAGUUGUUGGAACCGCGAGGGAUAGUACUGGCGGCCUCUAUCAUCAUGGCAGUAAUUCUACUAGUCCUCAUGGUUCUUCUGGUGUCAGUGUGGUGCUACAAAAGAAGUCACUUCAACCCACACCACAUCCAGUUCAACGGAUCCCAGAGGUUCCCCCCUACUCGUGACUGGAAGUUGGCCAAUAGUGCUAUGCAGUACCACGUCAAUGCCACUAUGUCUCACCCCCAUGCCACGACUGAAAUUGGAGCGAGAAUGCCCUUCGCAGGACAGGGCUUCAUAGAACCCUCCGCGUGUGAUGAGCCGGAAAAAAUUUUGCUCGAAUUCUCCCGCGAGAUCUUUAUGGAGCAACUGCAGUUCCACAAAGACCCUUCCGAUCUAAACAGCCCAGGUGGUUGUUUCUCCAAUUUAAACACAAGUUGCCUCAUGCAAAAAGCGACUCUCUCUACUCUGGACAACCAGUCGUGCGGAGUGAUCGUGAAAUCCGUCUCGGAUAAUGACCCGGACGCUCUUCGGCUUUUCUUCGUCGAGAUGUCGACACUAGUUCAGUUCUACCACCCGAACGUCCAGAUGCUCCACGGGACGAUGUUGCGACCCUCAGAGGCGGUAGUUUGCGUGGAGUCUGUCUCCCAAGGACCUCUGGACGCGGUGCUCCGUGAGAACCCGAUGCAGUUUUCCCUCAUGCAACUAGUGCACAUUCUGAGGGGCAUAGCAUGUGGAAUGCAAUACCUUGCAGAACUCGGAUAUGUUCACAAGGUGCUGACAUGUUCCAACGUACUUCUGACUGGAACUGGAGUCCCCAAGAUCUCCGGCUUCGAGAUGCGAGCCCUUCUGGACCACGAAGAGGCCGCUGGCGCCAAACCACAUCUCUUCUCUCUUCUCAUGACAUGGAUGGCACCCGAGGUGAUUUCCCAUGGCCUUUAUUCUCCGCAUAGUGACGUGUAUAGCUUCGGAGUUCUCAUGUACGAAGUGCUUAACUCGCAAUCGGCUAGCUGGGAUGCCAUGAAUGCUAAUAGCAAAGCCCAAAAUCAGCAGUUUCCGCAAACAGACAGUACCAAUGGACCGAAUGCUCACAAGUUGGCCGAGGAGCCUGCUAAUAAAUGUGCAGCUAGUUCGAACUCCUCGCUAAGCAUGAGUAAUGGCACUUCGCCCUCCAGCGGCGAAACUUCAUCCUGUCCCCAGUUCCUCUAUGACGUCAUCCGCCACUGUUUGAGUCAGGAGCAUACUCAGCGACCUUCUUUUGCCCAACUGAGGGAGACGCUUGAGAAGGUGGUGCGCAAUACGAGUCUGCUGAACGAACAAUACGCUGUAGAAACAAGCUACGCGCCCCUGCAAAGUGCAGCAUUGAGCAAUAGAGAAAUGGGUCCGGGUCAAUACAUACCCCUAAGUGCCUACUACCCGGCAGGACUAGACCUCCACAACCAACAAACGUCACCAAACCAAACCCACCUCUCAACUCUCAAACCCGGUGGGGAAGGGAAGCCCCUCAGACGAGCCAGAGUAACACCAAACGCCACAGUAGAAGAAUGGCUCGUCAGCUUGAAACUAGGACAGUACACUAAUCUGUUCUACUCGAGGAAUUUGGUGUACGUCAAGGACCUCUUUGGCUCCACUCUGAGUUCGCUAGAACUGCUCGGAAUUGGCUCGGCCAAACACCGAAAACGAAUGGUAAACAGUCUUCGUGAUUUGAUCAAUGGGUCGACGAAAUCCACCGUCGACAAAAAGAAACAGAGUGCCGUACAUAUUAUCAUUUAAAGCUAAAACUCAACAAAACUUGAAAGAAAAACUGAAAAUCGAAAAAGAUUUUUGUUUAAAUUCGCAAAAUAGAUUUUGUUAAUUUUGAAUACAAUUGUCAUUAUCAAAGCAAAUUGUGCAGUUUAAGUGUUUCGUUUGAAUUUUAGGUUUGAUCAUACUUAAAGUAAACUUA